AUGAGUUUGUCAGAUUUGAAGAACAGCAUCUUGGAGAAGCUUGGCGUGUUGGGUAGCAAGUGGGUGAAGAAACUAUUCUACAAGAUUUCCAUGGCGGUUGUCUCGACCGGUGUUCAUUUUGAAACCUUUGCGGUUAAGGCUGAUGAAGAUAUUAGGGUUUUGUUCUACUUUGUAAGGAGUUUUCCGGAGAUCAGAAUCCAUGAGUUGUUCGCGAAGUUGGAGGUUGGUGUCGAUAGUUCUGGGGCAUCCGCUCCAGUUCCUAGCCCAACUGUCGCGGGUGGUGCAUCUAGUUCGAUGCCUGCGGUCAGACCGUAUCUUCCACCGGUUCAAUCACCUUCGUUUGCGGCUGAUUUAGACCGAACGGAGGUUGUUGGUUUUGUACCUUUGGAGAAUGCAGCAAUCAUUGAGCCUCCCCACGUUGUGGGCACCGGUGGUGGCCUGGUACCUUAUAUCGAAGACUUUGGUGGACCUGAUCAAGUAGAGAAUGCAAUGCGUGACGAUGAGUCUGACCAGGAGCCUGUUGAUAUUGUAGGUGACAGCGACGAUGACACAGGUGGCAAUCCACAUGCGCAGCAUCGGCCUUCAAGUUCUGGUUCUCAUCAGUACCCUCCACACUUCUCCACACUAAACUUGGAUGCUCUUGGUCAACAGGAAGACGGUGGUAACACAAGUAAAGAUGAAGCUGUGCUGAGUGUCAAGGACUAUAGCAUCCGGCGAGGUGUUGAGUACAGAGUCAUCGAAUCAGAUCAUUUGAAGUAUCAUGGAAAAUGCAAGGAAUUCGGCAAGGGUUGUAGUUGGUUGAUUCGUGUAGCGCUUCGUGCACGAAAGGGCACUUGGGAGGUUAGGAGGUACAACGGGCCACACACAUGCCUCGCAACUUCUAUUUCAAGUGAUCACCGUCAGCUGGAUUACCACGUUAUCUGUUCGAGGAUUCUUCCUAUGGUUAGGGCAGAUGCUGCGGUUACGAUAAAGGUACUUCAACAAGCGACAGAAGCCGAUUAUGGUUUCAGGCCUAGUUACAGGAAGGUUUGGAUGGCUAAGCAGAAGGCAGUGGCACAAAUAUAUGGAGAUUGGGAGGAGUCUUACGCGGAGUUGCCACGUUGGAUGCUAGGGGUCCAGGUGACAAUGCCGGGAACAAUCACGGUGCUGAAGACGUCUCCUGUUCGGAUUGGUGGUGGGGUUGAUGAGUCGACGGUAGGGACGCUGCUGUUGGCGAUAUCUCAGGACGGGAACUCGAACAUCCUCCCGAUAGCAUUUGCCCGUGUGGAGGGCGAAAAUGCAGAGUCGUGGUCAUUCUUCUUGUCCAAUCUCCGAGAGCAUGUGACUCCUCAGGAGGGUAUCCUUGUUAUCUCUGACAGGCAUAAUGGGAUCAAGGCAGCGCUUGAGGCACCUGAGACUGGGUGGCUGCCUCCUCGGGCUUUCCGGGCCUACUGUAUUCGGCAUGUGGCUGCGAAUUUCGCCCUAACGUUCAAAGGUAAGGACUCAAGGAGGAUGUUGGUGAAUGCUGCGUACGCAAAGACUGAGGCUGAGUUUUACUACUGGUUUGAUAUCAUGCGGACUGAGAAUCCAGCAAUGUGUGACUGGGCCAACCGGAUGGAGUAUGACAAAUGGACCCAACAUGAGGAUGCUGGUCGACGGUUCGGGCACAUGACCACAAACAUCAGUGAAUGUGUGAACUCCGUGCUAAAGGGGACUCGCAACCUGCCGGUCACAUCGUUGGUUAAGUCAACCUACGGGAGGCUUACUCAGCUAUUUGUGCUACGGGGACAGACAGCAGAGGCACAACUCAGAUCUGGGCAUGAAUUCUGUCAGGCAUUGGUCAAGGCUAUUGAUCGGAACCUAAGAGACUCUAGGUGCUUCAUUGUGACAUUAUACGACAGGCAUCAGUCCGAGUACACCGUCGCGGAGACAACACCAACCGGGAGCUUCUCGCUGGGUAGCUAUAGAGUUUCCCUUAAAGAUCACCGAUGCGACUGUGGCCACUUUCAGGCGCUGCAUUAUCCUUGUUGCCACGCCAUUGCGUGUUGCGCCUACUCCCGGCUUAACUGGGCGUCAUAUGUUCACGAGGUGUAUCGUAUGAGUGAGGUGUUCAACGUUUACAAGCAGGAGUUUCUCCCACCUAUCCCUGAAGGACUAUGGCCUCCAUAUGCUGGGCCUACCAUCAUUCCUGACCCCAAUAUGCGGCUUGCAAAGGAAGGUCGUCCAAAGGCCACCAGGAUCCGUGGAAGUAUGGAUCAGUCUCAGUCGAACCAGCCGAAGCGUUGUGGGCUAUGCCGUCAGCCUGGGCAUACGCGGAGGAACUGUCACCAGCAAAGACAAAGUGGUGGAGGGGAUGCGUAG